AUGGAGGAAGAUGUGAUAAGGCCUCUUCCAGCGGAAAUCGCCCACAAAAUAGCGGCUGGUGAGAUUAUUAUCCGUCCAUCAGCCGCGAUUAAGGAGCUGAUUGAGAACAGUAUAGAUGCAGGGUCUACACUCAUACAGCUAAACAUCGCUCCCAAUCCUAUGGACUCGUGCGAAGUCAUAGACAAUGGUUGUGGCAUUAGUCCCAACGAUAUGUUGAUCGUAUGCAAGAGAUUUACAACGUCAAAGACACAAAAUACCAUACACGGGGUGAAAAGUCUGGGAUUCAGAGGUGAAGCGCUAUCCGCAUUGUCGCAGUCAUCGUAUGUAACAAUAUCUUCACGCACAAAACACCGGGAGAAGAGAACUGUUAUGCGUUACAUUUGCUGUAAUCCUGUGAUGGAUGAUAUAGCGGAAGAAAAUGGACCGCAAGGAUUUACAAUAAAGUAUGAGAACUUGUUUUAUAAUUUGGAAACGAGGCAUAAAUCGCUCUCAGUUAGUUCCUCUCAUGAAUUCAACCUCUGCUUGGAGUUGGUGCAAAAGUAUUCUAUCCACUUUCCGGAUAUUAACUUUAUAUUUCACAAGCUGGGCAAUAUAUCACAUGAGUUUACAACAUGCAAUGACACGAAGCUGGGUGACCUUGUCACUACAGAUUACGAUCACGAGCAUUUUACUGGCCAAGAACGGUUCCCACCAAACGUUGCAGCGGCUGAAUAUCAUGAAAAAUACAAGGACAAUGUUGACGAACAAAGUUCUCUCUAUUUAAAGAAAGUCAAGAACUCGAUAAAGAAUAUCUAUGGCAUACUAGUGUACAAUAUUGUCUAUCCCUUUGUCUCAAAUUCGUUUAAUAAAAUCUACUACAACUGCAAGGGAUUAUUUUCUCACCCAAACCAAUCCUCUAGAACGGCUACAUUUAUCAUUUUCAUCAACAAUCGUCUGGUCGAACUUCCUCCUCUGAGGAGAUCCAUUUUGAACAUAUACAACGAGAUUAGCAACAAUCGAUAUAGGAGAUUUGUUUACCUAUCAUUAUUUCUUCCAUAUGAUAGAAUAGAUGCAAAUGUUCAUCCAUCGAAACAGAGAUUACUUUUGGAAGACCAAGAUGAUAUAAUUGACGAUAUCUGUCUAAAUUUCAAGAAUGAGCUUUCAAAACUUUCUUCUCUCAAUUCUAGCACAGUACCAGAUUCAACUUCAUACAAUGUCAUACAACACAUCACCCCUGCGGAAGCAGAAGUUGAAGCUCCUCCAACCAAAUCUGAAGAGGACAAAAAAGAAAAAACCUACAACAAAUUUAAAGUCAGAAACGAUUAUAGGCAAACAGACAUUUCAUACUUUGCGGCUCCUGUACCCUUGGAGUCUAAUAAAGUACCAGUGUAUAUUGAAGACACACCCGAAGUUGUAACCAUAGAGAAUGAAGACUUUGUCUGUGACGAAGAAGCUAGUUGUGAAAAGGAAGAGAGCACUGAAUUAGAUGCUAUACCACCUGUUUUUAGUUUUACAGAAAUGCGUGAUGGCGCAACUUUGGGAGAAAUGUGGAUUGUAAAUUCCAUUAAAGAAAUUUUAAGAGAUAUUGAUGAACAGCGCGAUGUGGGUUUCACAAAUUCUAUACUAAACUCCGUGCUGGUUGGAGUUGCAGAUGAUAGACAUAUACUAAUACAACAUGAUGCUGAAUUGGCAAUGAUUAACAUUGUAAAAAUCGCAAGAGAGGCGGCAUUUCAAUCGAUUUUAUGGCGUAUCGGGAAUUUGCCAACAUUGGAACUGGACCCUCCACUACCUUUGGUAGAUCUUUUAGCAUUUGCAAUCGCAAAACGCAGGGGGAAUGCAGAUGAUGUAGAGACAUACAUAAGUGAGGCCAAGGGACUUGCUCGUCAAACGAUUAUCGAUGUACUAAACGCUGUAUUUUCGUUUCACAUUGAGGACCUUGAGAUACUUUGCAUACCAAAUGUAUUAUCAAAUUACUUUCCUGGCCCAGAAUUUUUGCCAGAUGUUCUUUUAAAUAUAUUUUCCCAGAAGCCUGCUGAUGAAAAGAAAUUUAUCGUAAACGUAUCGUAUUGUAUCGCAGAAUAUUAUACCGUGGCACCGACUCAAAGUGUCGAUCCAACAAGUGACCACGGAAGCUACCUAUCCAGAAUACUGCUGCAUGCUGUGCAGAGAUUCCCCGAUCUUAGUCUUUCGUCACGGUUUGUAAAAAUACAUGAAUGUAUAUCGGGUAUAGGUUGA